GGUCGGGGGAUCAGGUGCGGUCGCUGGGAUCUGUCCGCCAUCUUGAGUGUUCGGUGGUCACGGUCUUCUGAUAUGUCUGCCCUUUUUUCUCUUACUUUUGUCUCUGUCUUUUGUUAGUCCGAAGCCAUCGAACUCCAACUAGACUUCGACACCCCCGAAGAAAAACUCCGCGCUCUAAAAGACCGCAUCCAAGAAUUCGUCCGCUCCGAGCCGCGCGAGUACGCCGGCGUGGAUAUGCAUAUCUCCGAUAUCGAGAAUAUGAAUAAGUUGAAGGUCAAUAUGGUGUUAAAGCAUAAGGGGAACUGGCAGGAUGGGAGUAAACGGUGGGGGAGGCGGACGCAGUUCAUGUACGCCCUCCGCCGGCACCUAACGGACCUCCAAAUCGUCUACCUGACGCCCGCGCAACACAAAAUCGAGACCUCAUCCUCCACAACAUCCUCUUCUCAACAACAGCCACAGCAAAUGCAGGCGGCGCCCAUGACGACCUUAUCGGUGCCGACGUUCACGAUGAGCGAGCCUGCGGCGGAGAGGGCGGUUGCGGCGGCGGCGCAGCAGAGUUUGGCGGGGGGGAUGCAUAUGUGAUUCGGGGCUUGGGAGGGAGUGGGUUUGUUCUUCUGGGUUCUGGGACAUGGGUUUUUGGGUUGCGUUACGAUUUUGAGCUUUUUACUGAUGCGUUUGUUUGAG